ACAUAACCAAAAAGAAAUUGAGAGGAACAGGAAGAAUAAAAGAGAAAAAAAAACCAAAAAGAAAAAUAACAGUCCUUUUUCCUCUGUCUUUUCAUGAAUUUCUCUCUCUGUACCUCUCUCUCUAUCUCUCUCUUUGUGUAAAUUAAUUAAAACGUUAAUGUAGAAAGAAGAAAGGCAAACAAACAAAAAAAAUAACAACCCAUAUAUGACUUGUAAAAGCUUCUUCAAUGGAAAACCCAAAUUUUGCUUUGCAAAAAUGCGUGUUCAUAUUUUGAGUUCAAAUCGAAGGAUAAAGCUUUGAAGAAAAAAAAAAACAAAGGGUACCCAGAAAAAAAAAACUAAAACUAUGGAAGAUUCGGGUGAACAACAGACCGAAGAGAAUAAAGGUUCUCUAGAUGUUGUGAACAAGAAAAGAACGUUCAAAACACCAGCCCAGUUGUUGGCUCUCGAGGAAGCCUACAAAGAGCAAAAAUUUCCUUCCGAUGAAAUGAAAGCACGACUAGCAGUUCAGAUAGGGUUGACGGAAAAGCAGAUAUCUAGUUGGUUUUGUCACAGAAGGUUGAAAGACAAAAGGAGAGAUGAAUCCUACCCUAAUGGGCGACAAGAUCAUUCUAGUGGUGUUAUUCAGGAUCGUGGCAGUGGAUUGAGGCAAGAUUCUUGUGGUAGUAUUAAGCAGGGUGAUUAUCGGAAUAUUGAUCUGAGGGAAGUUGAAAGUCGAAGGAUUUAUGGCCAAGAAUUUCCAGCUGCUGACCUCAAAUACGAGUGUAGGAGUCAUCAAAAUCCAUAUGAUGAUCGUAUGGAGGAUACAUCUUCUGAAAGUAAUUUGUCUUUAAAUGAUCAGCCUGAAAAUGGAGCAAUUACACAGAUAAACCCGAGGAGUACUAAAAGUAUCGGUUAUAAGCCAUCGGGAUAUUUGAAGGUUAAGGGUGAAAUUGAAAAUUCUGCUAUUACUGCUGUUAAGAGGCAGCUAGGGAGGCAUUACAAAGAAGAUGGUCCUCUACUUGGUAUUCAAUUCGAUUCACUUCCUCCUGGUGCAUUUGAGUUCCCAAGUAGCAGUCCGGUCAAUGAGCCAAUGUACGUUGGAGAUACCCGACAGACCCAUUCUCCAGAUACCUCUGGAGUUAUAAAGCAGCCAAGCAACAUUGUAAAUGUACAUAAUUCGAAGAUUAGUUCUCAGGAUUCCGAUAUGGAGGGUGCCAAAUUUAACACAGUGCAAGGGUCCGAAAGACGGGACAGAAAAUCUCAUCAUCAACUAAAACAUAAGUCUUCUUUAGAUAUCUACAACGAUUCUACCAAAAAAAGUACUCUCACUGAUUCCAAACGAAUUAAAACGAGCUCAAAGCUUGCUGUUGAAAAGAUGGGAUCGGAUUCUUUUCCUAAUCAUCCCAGUCCCUAUGGUAUGAAAGUUUCCGAUGAACAAGAAAAGCCUUGGUUGCAUGAUGAUGAUAACCAUACCUAUAAGGCCCCUAAGAAUGAAAACUUAUCUAGAACUUCAAAUUUGAUUCGAGGGUACAAUGAGUCCUCGAGUACUGAGAGAGGAUCAUCUGCAAGGAUGGGAAAGGUGGAGAAACUUGGUGGAGAGUGGAAGACAAAAAAGGAGUACCCUGUUACAGUAAAAACCAAUCUGAAAAACAAAUUGAGAGUCUCCAAACAAGUCAAUGCUCAACAUCCUCAACAAGAUUUUGCAGCAUAUGCACCACAUGCUAGAUUGCCUUUGUUGACAAAUCAGACUAAAGGAUCUUCCAUGGAUGUACCAUCUAGCUUCAGUGAGGAUGAAACUGCAGAAACCGAUUCGUCCUCGGAUUGACGACGGUCGACAACGCAUAUGGUUUGAUGGAUUGUAGAGAGAGGCUUAAUGGGUUAUCUUUCAAUUCCACGAGUCGAUACCCAUAUUAAGGAUUAUAUAAUUGCUUUUGUGUACAGCUUCAGAAAAGAUAUGGCUUCCAUGGUACUAACUGGAAAAAGACACACUGGUAGGGAACAUUGAGCAUUUUUGUUCAUUGUAUUUUGUCCUUAAAAAGGUGGUGUUCCACUGUUAAUAUAUAUGUAUAGAAAAUCUUUCAGUAUUUAGUUAAUUAAAUGCUUUGUGAAGGAAAGUUGUGAA